CUCGCGAGAUCUCGCUGCUCUCUCGCGGGAUCUGCCGUCCGUUGCCCGGAGACGCCGGCGCCGCCGCCAUGGCACCCAAAAAGAAAGCGGGGAAAGGGCGCAGAGGCCCGGCGGUGGUGGAUGGCCUGGCCCCGGAGGACAUGAGCAGGGAGGAGCUGCUGGAGCACAUGGCGCGCCUCCGGCAGGAGCUGGAGCGGGAGCGGCAGGAGCGGAACUCCUUCCAGCUGGAGUGUAGCAGGAUCCAGAGCUUCUGGGAGAUCACUCGCCGCGAGCUGGAGGAGAGCAAGGCGGAGCUGCGGAACCGGGACCGCCAGAUGGAGGAGGCGGAGGAGCGGCACCAGCUGGAGAUCAAGGUGUACAAGCAGAAGGUGAAGCACCUGUUGCACGAGCAGCAGGAGAACCUGACGGAGCUGAAGGCAGAGGGAGUCCUGUCCCUGAGGCGGGCCCAGAAGGAUCACUGGGACCAGGAGCAGGAGCUGUGGAAAGAGAAGCGCUCUUUGAACAUAAAGCUGAAGGGGCAGGAGUUGGCCAAUGAGGCAGCCAUUACAAACCUCUGCCUGAAACAUGAGGAGGAGAUGGCCCAGCUACGCAGCAACUUUGAGCUGCAGACCAAAGAGAUGGAGGCCAAGUACACCAGGAAGAUGCAGGCACUGCGGGAUGAGAUGGACCUGCGGAGGAAGACGGAGAUCCAUGAGCUGGAGGAGAGGAAGAACACCCAGAUCAGCGAGCUGAUGGGGAACCACGAGGGGGCUUUUGGUGCCAUCAAGAACUACUACAACGAUAUCACCGCCAAAAACCUGACACUCAUCAAGCUCCUGAAGGAGCAGGUGGAAGACCUGAGGAAGAAGGAGACUGUCCUGGAGAAGGAGAAGGCAGACGUGCUGCGCGAGAACAAGGGGCUGGCAGAGCCGCUGCAGGAGGCCCAGGGGCUGGUGGCUGAGCUGCAAAAGAAGUUGGUUCACUACCACAGGGACAAGGAGGCCCUGAUGGUGGGGAUCCAAAGAGAGACUGGAAGGGAGAUCAGCCCCACUGCAGGGCGUUUGAACUCCAAAGCCCAUCUGAAAAUCACCCAGAAGGAACUGAAGGACCUUCAGUGGGAACACGAGGUGCUGGAGCAGCGGUUCAGUAAGGUCCAGGAAGAGCGAGACGACCUCUAUCAGAAGUUCACUAUAGCCAUUAACGAGGUGCAGCAAAAAACGGGGUUCAAGAACCUGCUCCUGGAGCGGAAGUUGCACGGACUCCUCACCCUCCUGGAGCAGAAGGAGGUGGAGCUCAACGAGGUCGUUGCAGCCUCCAACCUCGACCCCAGCGCUCUCUCCUUAGUCUCGCAGAAGCUGGAGGAUGCGCUCAAUUCCAAGAAUGCCACCAUCCAGGACCUGCAGCUCCAGCUGGCCAGAGUCUGCAAGGCACACAACGACAUGCUGCAGACCUUCGAGGCAAAGCUGACAGCCUUUGGCAUCCCCCUGGACAACCUGGGUUUCCAGCCACUGUCCUUCCCCUUCCCGGGGCAGGAACUGGGGCAGGGCCCUGCUGGACUCGUUUCAGUGCCCACCUGAUGCUGGCAGCACUGAGGGUCCCACUGGCACACUGGCAGUGGGGCUGUGCUCUUUUCCUGCUCCGUGUCUUUUUACAGACCCCCGUGAGCAUCUUCAGGAGCCUCUCCUCCCACGGGGAGCCACAGCUGGAGGGGUCCAGGCAUCUCACCCACCCCACCAGGCUGCCCCUGGGGCUACCUCUGUUCCCACAAAAGUGGAAGGAGAUUUUUUGAGACAAACGGUGCUGUUUGGAGUUUUUAAUGGCA